CCAGCGCUGGCCGCCGCUGUCACUCGCAGGCGGGCCGGGGAAGGGACCCGCACGCCUGGCUUUGUUGUGGAAAUCCGGGUUACCUGGCUAAUAUCCCACACCAUGGAUAACUUAUUGGACUUUGCCUGAAAGGAGUCAUUAGUGCCAUUGGAUAUUUGACCAUCCUGGCCACAGGUUUUUUCAGAAUGAAUGGAAGGUCAUGCAGCAUGAGUCUCCACCGGACAUCAGGAACCCCACAGGGGCCCGGGAUGGUCAGUGGCCAACACAUUCCUCCCAUCCGAGCCCACUCUGGGACUCCUGGUCCCUCGUCCUGUGGCAGCACAGCGAGCCCUGCCCUCGGAAGCCUUGCUAACAGCCUCCAUCUCAAGAUGCCCUCAGGAGGAGGGAUGGCUCCUCAGAGCAACAUGGCCGAGAGCCCCCUCCAUCUGCCUGCCUUGAGCCCCAGGAGACAAGUGCUCAUCAAUGGGAAGCCACGAUUCCAGGUCACCCAGGCUGGAGGCAUGUCAGGGCCACACAGUUUAAAGCCAAAGCAGCAGGAGUUUGGAAGUCCUUUUCCUCCAAAUCCUGGGAAAGGGGCUCUUGGCUUUGGGCCUCAGUGCAAGUCCAUUGGAAAAGGCAGCUGCAACAAUCUAGUGGUCACCAGCAGUCCCAUGAUGGUUCAGCGACUGGGACCCAAUUCACCUCCAGCAAGCCAGGUCUCUACAGCAUGCAACCAGAUCAGUCCUAGCUUACAGAGGGCAAUGAAUGCUGCCAGCCUGCAUAUACCUCCUUCAGAUACCAGGUCCCUUAUUUCUCGUGAGUCUUUAGCAUCCACGACUUUGAGUCUGACAGAAAGUCAGUCAGCCUUGAGUGUGAAGCAAGAGUGGUCUCAUGGCUACAGGGCUCUCCCGUCGCUGUCCUCCAGCCACAGCUCCCAGAACGGCAUUGAUCUAGGGGACCUCAUUAGCCUUCCUCCUGGGACAGCCAUGUCCAGCAAUAGCGUCUCUAACUCAUUGCCGUCCUACCUUUUCAGCAUGGAAACCAGCCAUUCUCCUUACCCUAGUCCCCGGCACUCAUCGGCCAGGUCCCACUCAGCCCGCUCCAAGAAGAGAGCGCUGUCUUUGUCCCCACUGUCUGAUGGCAUCGGGAUAGACUUCAAUACCAUCAUCCGCACGUCGCCCACGUCGCUGGUCGCCUACAUCAACGGGUCGAGGGCCUCCCCGGCCAACAUGUCCCCCCAGCCCGAGGUCUAUGGGCACUUCCUGGGGGUGCGUGGCAGCUGCAUCCCCCAGCCGUGCUCGGUGCCAAGCAGCCAGAAGGGCGUGCGGGUGGCCAGCGGUGGCCUGGCUCUCCCGGCCUACGACGAGGACAGCGUGCUGGAGUACGAGCGCAUGCAGCAGCUGGAGCACGGAGGCCUCCAGCCGGGGCUGGUCAACAACAUGGUGGUGCAGCACGGCCUGCCCAACCCCGACAGCCAGCCAGGGGGCCUGCUGAAGACGGAGCGCCUGGAUGAUUUCCCGGGUGGCGCCCUGGAUCUGCCCCAUGAACCCGCUCUGCCUCCCCUGCCCCCGCCUCCCCAGGGCCCGCCGCCCCCCUACCACUCUCACCCCCAUCUGCACCACCAGGAGCUGGUAGCCCGUGCCCAGCCGCUGGCCCUUCCCCAGGCUGCCUUGGGGGAAGACGGGGAGAUGGAGGACAUUGGGGGCAAACACUGCUGUCGCUGGAUCGAUUGCAGCGCCUUGUACGACCAGCAGGAGGAACUGGUGCGGCACAUCGAGAAGGUUCACAUAGACCAGCGCAAAGGUGAAGACUUCACUUGCUUCUGGGCCGGCUGUCCUCGAAGGUACAAGCCAUUCAACGCCCGGUAUAAACUGCUCAUCCACAUGCGAGUCCACUCCGGGGAGAAGCCCAACAAGUGCACGUUUGAAGGUUGCAAGAAGGCCUUUUCCAGGCUUGAGAAUCUCAAGAUUCACUUGCGGAGCCACACAGGCGAGAAGCCGUAUCUCUGCCAGCACCCGGGCUGUCAGAAGGCCUUCAGUAACUCCAGCGACCGUGCCAAGCACCAGAGGACGCAUCUGGACACUAAACCUUAUGCCUGUCAAAUUCCAGGAUGCACCAAACGCUAUACAGACCCAAGUUCCCUACGAAAGCAUGUGAAGGCACAUUCUUCCAAAGAUCAACAAGCAAGGAAAAAGUUGCGAUCCAGCGCAGAACUCCACCCCGACCUGCUCUCGGACUGCCUCACCGUGCAGCCCCUGCAGUCGGCCCCCUCCCCGCACGACGCUGCUGCUGCUGACGGGGCAGUGGGAUGCUCCCCCGGGCCGGGGCCUGACCUCUAUCCAGCCUCCAUCUUCUCCAGCAGUCAUUCAAGCCGAAGCGGAGCAGCUGCCGGGGCCGUGCCUCCCCCGCACGCCGUCGGCCACCCUUCUCCGGGACAGAAUGUGCAGGGGAGCCCCCACAACCCCGCCUCCCAGUUACCCCCGCUCGCAGCUGUGGACGCGGGGGCCGAGAGGUUUGCACCUUCGGCCCCAUCUCCUCACCACAUCAGCCCCCGGAGAGUUCCAGCUCCUUCUUCAGUGAUGCAGAGAACGCAGCCUCCCCACACCCAGCCGCCAGCAGGUGGGCCACACCUGAAGUCUUACCAGCCGGAAACAAACUCUUCCUUUCAACCAAAUGGAAUCCACGUCCAUGGUCCCAUAUCCCCAGAACCUCUCCACCCUUCAAGGCCCAGGUGAAAGGACACCUCCUCUCUGCAGCCUUCCCUGGUGAGAGUCUUAGCUGGACGGCAUCUCUCCUGGCUCUGGACUCUGACUGCAUGUCCCCUGCAUUUCUGAUAUAACACUCGUGCUCUCUCUUUCUCUACCUUGUUAAGUUACUCCUUUGUGAGGAAUGCCUGCCUUUCUAUUAAUGUGUAAGCUUGUUUCUGAGGUCAGAAUUUUCUGACCCGUUGUUCUUUUUCUUGGAGAACUUAGCACAGUUCUCUAUGUGCUAAGGUACCUGGGAAAUGUGGAGAGGAAGAAAAGGAGGAAAGGAAGGCGGGAGAGAUCAUGAUGGUGUUCAAAAUGAGGAGAUCCGGUGUUGAACUUCAAACAUUCAUGGAGAGCUGAGUUUGGCUGAAUUUCUUUAUUUACACCGAUUUUGCUGACUCAGGCAGAUAUCUUUGUGAACAUCCUUAGAAAGUUAAGUCGAGUUGUCGAAUAACCUGGACUCUGAAUGUGUAGGCCUUCUCCUUCCUGGGGGCAGAGGAGAGACUGUCCACUGAAAGGAGAUUUUCAGCUCCUUCUGAAAAAUAGGACUCUGCCGUAUCUGCUUCUUGCUGAUUCCUGAAUUUGCUCCAUGUGAGUUAUUACUUGAUGUUAUUGGGUGGUGACCCCAGGUAAACCUUAACCAGUAUGCCAGCUGCGUAUGAGUGGAUGUGAGUGGCUUCCCAAGAUGGCGGAAUCAGGCAGUGCUGUGGAGCCAGGCUUGGGUGAGGAUAUUGGAAUAGGGGUCUGGACAGCAAAGAGGAAACCAUGUGGACAGAGUAGUGGCCUAUGGGAAGGGAAAGGCCUUGAGAAGGGCAGGCCACUGGCUCUGACUCCAAGUUCCAACCAAGUUCCAUCCACCUCUUCUCUCUUCCUGAGUGCAGUCACACAAACCCUCAUUCCCCAACAAAACGUGGGCUCUCCCCGCUGUUUGAGCCUAUGGUAAUGGUUACCCUCUUUUGUUGGUAACCUUCUUCUUAAGCUUUAGUCAUUUAUUUAUCCAACCAAGAAAUAUUUCUUGAGUACCUACUGUGGGUCAAGCAGUGCAUGUGUGAGAAGACAAAGAGCGCUCUCCCUGCUGAGAGAGACCUCCUGACCCAGGAGAGGGACUUGUCUAAUGUGGGAGAGAGCCAGGUCCCCUGUGCUGGGAAGCCACCCUUACCAGCAGGCAGGAGGUAGACGAGGGUGGGCUUUUGGGAAUGCAGAAGAAGUCACUGACCCUACAACAAACUCAUUUUACCCUUCGUAUUUUAACUUUGCCGAGAGCUGGACACGUGUCAGUCAGUGGCAUCAUAUGACUGGCAAUGAUUCUUCUCUCCAGCGCUAUUAAAAAAUAACAGAGUAUUUCAGGCAAUCAUGCCAUAGUUCCAAUGAAAGGCCGUAUAACACUUUGAUGACAACUGUGAAAUAUAUUUUAAAAAUUCAAAAAUCACCCUACACGUAGACAAAAAAAAAAAAAGGAAGGCAAUUUUCUAAAACAUUAACAAUUUUGUUUUGUUUUGUCUUUAAAUCAUGAGGGUAGGGAUAAUGGAUAAUUUCUUCUUUUUCUGCUUUCUGAAGACAUUUUAAAAGAGAUUUUGGAAUUAGAACAACUCGAUUACAAAUACCAAUCCACUCAACUGUGAGGCGCUGAACAAUUUCUGAGGAUCUCAUACCUUCUCUCAUCAGUAGUUAUAAGAGUCCACAAGAAAAGCACAUGGCACAGAGUAGGAGCUUAAUUAAUUUAAUGCUUCUCCUUCUUCUCCCUCCCUUUUCUUUAUUGGACUCUUUGAGAGUGGGGAUAAUGUUUCUAGCCUUAGGGCACACAACAUUCUUGGUGCAAAGUAGGCACUUAGUAAAUAUUUACUGAAUAAAUGAUUGACACUGUCUCAUCCAACAAAUGCAAAGGAAAACAAGACGACACAGAAAAUGAGAUCUACCUUAUCAUUUCACCCUACCUCCUGGCAAAAGACUCUUCUCCCCAUUAUUUCUCUUUUGUAGCUGAAUAAUGAAUAUAUUGUCAACUUGAAACUGUUGAGUUUUUUUUUUUUUUUCACUUUUACUUCAAUUGUUAAAAAUUCCCAUGGCCAAUAAGAAACUGCUAGCAGCAGUUUAAAAAUAAAUACAUAUGACAAGACUUUCUGGAAGAGAUCAGGAUAUAGUUAUGCAAAUUGGGAAAUCAUAACUUUGUUCUAGAACAUGGGUGAGUGGCUGCUGCGACGGGCUCGAAGAGGGAGUUUCUACUCUUUAACCGCUGGGCCACUGCUAAGAAUGAAGGAGUAGGCAUCCAAAUGCAGCCUUACUUCAUCCUCCAAGCAUUUUGUCUGAAAAUGUUUUCCUGGAACUUGCUAGGCACGAGCAUUUCUCAUCAACUACUCCUUAGAAUAAAGAGCAAAUUGAUCUAAUAUUUGUCAAGCGGGUGAUACGGUGCUGGGAGCAAGGGGAGGCACACACACCUUCGAAAUGAGUUGCAAUUUUUGGCAGCUUUGGCUGGACUCGUUUGCUGGGUGGCGUCAUCAAGCGUCUUGGUCACAGAGAACCUCAUCCCCUAAUAAAACUAGAUUUUUAAAACCCUGUGAACUGUGUUAGGGUUGCUAACACUAUAGCCACAAUGAAGGAGUGUUCUGUCUUCCAAGAAGUUCACGGUUUUAAUGAGCGCCGUCACCCCCGUCCUUUCUGUAUUCCCUGCGGUAGGUAGAGGUCAGAGAAAAAUGUCAUCAGUGUAUUUUUAGAGAUGGGAGCUGAGAGACAGAAGAAUACAAAAUAGCUAGGCAUUGCUGGCUUCUUGCCAAAGGGCACAGGCGUCUUUAACAAGAGGUCCAUGUUUCCAAGCCACGUUCUUCAUCUACGUGUUUCUCAGUCAAAGGCACACCAAAGUCAAUACGUAUUUCCAUCUUUCCGUGGGGAAAUACACUGGUAUGUAGAUGCUGUUGCCUUACACGGAGCCAUGAAAGUUAGAAUUCAAAGGGCUUGGUCUUCCAGAUGAGGAAGAAAAUGACGGACAUCCUGCUGAGCUUUGCUACUGCCGCAUUGAUGGAUAUAGCUCUUAGACUUUGUGUGCUCUGUGUGUGUGUGUGUGUGUGUGUGUGUGUGUGUAUUUAUCUGCUAUCAAAGUAUGCUUGACAAUGUUAGUUUCAGGUGGAUGCUGUAGUGCUCCGACAAUUCUGUACCCUUCCUCAGUGCUCCCCGCGCUAACUAUAGUCACCAUCUGUUGCCAUACAUUGUUACAACAUUAAUGAGUGUUUUGGAAAAGGCACACUUUGAAAAGAUUAUUAGUGCUGCUUUUUUGAAUUCGCUCACCUAGCGAGUGACCCAGGACCAGAGCUCAGUUUCGUUGUUUGUGCAUCGACUUCAUGCAUUCGUGCUGCCUUCAUUAGUGAGGUAGGUGAAGUGUCAUCUCUCUCCGUGUCUGCAUGUUGAUAGCAUUUAUGGGUCUCUGUUUGGAUGGCAUCUCCAAGGCAACUUCUAAGUACAUUUUAGUCUUUUAUUUUAGAUGUAAACAUAGGAACCGUGUUUUCCAAUCAUGUAAGCCCGUUCUUCAGUCUUUUCUUUCUCUUUAGGACCAUUCUCUUGCCCGGGCAAGCUUCAGAAUUUUGCCUGGAUUAGUUGCCUGAGAGUUGAUAUUUGUACAUUUUGUUAUGGUACUGAUGGAAAAUUUCUUUCUAAAUGCCCUAUUCAUUCCAGGCUGUUAGAAUGCCAUGGGAAUUCCUAAAACAGCAUUUUCACAACCUUCCUCCUUCUGGACCUAUCAAGGAGAGGCCAAGUUCAAUUCAGCAAGUGUUUAUUGGUCUCCCACAAGGUGUCAGGAAAUAUGAAUGUCAUUGAAUCAGCGUAGGGAUAUGUACAAUAAUAAUGAUGAUGAUGAUGAUGAUAAUCCUAUCAAGAGGUAUCUGGUUUAUUCAGGGGAAGGUGUCAUAGAGGCGUUUCUAGAGGUGACUCUUGAAUAGGAUUUUGAAGAUAAAUAGAGGAGGCUGGGAACCAGCAAGACCAGCUCGUAGAGGGAGCUGGGACCAUGCCAAGUAGAAUCCCACUGAACCGUGAAGCCACCCGGUAUUUUCGGAAAGUAAGCUAGGGCAUUGUUGCCAGGAAUGGAAUUGGAGAGGUGGGGAUGUUUGCAUCCCACCUGCUGGGAUUAUUUUGGACCACACCUGUGCCACACCCACGCCUAAACAACCGUGACUGAACCCACAGUCUAGUUCACUCGGAUGCCACUGGUUAAGUAGAG